CAGUCGUCACGCGUAGCUCGCGCUCUCACAAAGCUACAAACAACGCCAGAGAGGGCGCCAGAGCAGAACUUUCCUGGACCAGCAUUGAAUCAAAUGGCGGCGUCCGCAAUACGCUCGUCCGUUGUGUGCAGCGCUUUCAAAUGCUCACAUUCACAAGACAGGAAAUUCACCGCCAAAGCUCAAUCUGAGGGUAUUUCAUCUUUGUUUUGUCCUCGAAAAUGCAAUGCAGCGCCGUUCGGGCGCUCAAAACAUCGCCGCAGCAGAAAUGAUCUCAGGAGGUUGCAGUCGCGACAUGCUAUGGCAGAUGCAAAACACAGACGCAUGAGGUUUUCAACGUGUACUGUAAGAGCGGGUCCCACAGAGGGGCUGGACUUGAUUGAAGCAGCGCAAGCUGAUUCAGAAGCUGAAGCAGUGAACGCCCUCAAAGAGGCAGCGGGUAUCCUCGCGGGACUUGACGCUGACUUUCUCAAAAACUUACCCCAGGAUCUAAAAGCGGAUGCCAAAUUCUCUGGUUUUCAGCUGGCGAAUGGCCCCCUCGACAGAGAGGUUGGCGACUCGGCUGCUGCGGUUCUUGGCGGUCUGGGUCGCGCUUUUGAAUCCCUGGACGCGAAAGCGGCUGCCGCUGCUGCUAGGGGGCUCGCAGAUGCUGCUGCGGGCCUCCCCCCGAAAAGCAGCGAACGCGCGCGGUUCGGGCGGCGGCUGGCAGCGUUUGCGGGGCCGUUGCGGAGCGGAGACUGUGAAGAGCUGAAACAGGUUGCCCGGGCGCUUUCUGCUGCUGGAAAGUCGAUCGCCGAGGGAGCCGAGGAAAAGCCCGUCACGCCUCCGUCCCCAGAGUCGAAAGUGUUGAAGUUCGGAAACCUGCAAGUCGAACUGACGCGACAGAAAGCGUUCGGAGGUGUCGUGGUAGCCUUUGUUUUUGGCUUCUUGUGCGCGCGGCUCACGGCCGGCCUCCAAUCGAUCGAACCCGACUCCAUGCAGUACGCCAACGACAGCGCUUCGGCCCUUGCACAGUCGUUACGGGUUACACUCCUGGCGGCCGGCUGGUCGUGCACUGCAAUGUCCGCGUUCUCAGCAGUGGGCCUUCUCGCGCUCGGUUUGCAAAUGAAGGGCAAAGGAGAGGACAGUAGCUAGAACAGAGCUAGUCACAAGAUCUUUGUAGAGUAACUGUUGUUGAUGUGUCUGCAGUCUACAAGUAGAUUGAUUCGGCCAGAGUUUUGGUAGCAAGAGUUCCACACGGCUGGCGCCUUUGUCGCCGGUACUGCUUGCCGGUUACUACAAGAGACACGUGUAAAUAUCAGACGGCUUGGUUGUGGCAAACGGUUUGUUGCUCUGAGCGGCAGCGCGCGGCAUUCAUUGAGAGCACGGCUUGGACCACUGGCGGCCUCAUGGCAAAGUACAUGUCACCGAACGUCCCUUAAUUAGAACGUAUCUCUAAGUCUGGUUGUGUCGAGACAUCGUGUCAGGACACUGCGCUUGUUUAGUAGUACGUCACACCGAUGAUCUUAAGUAGUGACUCGGCCGGCGCAACCAUCCACGGGAUGGAAGAAUUGUGAGACCAUGAUGAUAAAUGAACUGAG